AUGUCAAACCAGGGGCGCCACAGCCUGGCCGUCCUAGUCACAGGAGUCAUCAACGAAGAUGGGACCUAUCACUUCACCAUGAUCACCAGCGUGGAUGACGUUCAGAUCGCGCACUACAGCAGUGACGCACGAGAGUUCAGACCCACCCAGGAGUGGGCGGCACAGGCCCUGGGCGCUAAGUAUCUCCAGGAAAAGACCCAGCAGUUCUGGUGGCACGAGGAGGUGUCUAAAGUUGAGACCAGGUGGUGGAUGCAACUGCACAACCAGACGGGCGGGAUUCACACUGGGCAACUUCAUGCUAGCUGUGCCCUGAGCGACCAGGCCCCCAUGGACCCGAGGUUCCAGUACGCCUACGACGGGAGGGACUUCAUCAGCUUUGACAACCAGACGGGGACGUGGGUCGCGGCCGUGCAGCCGGCCUUUGCCCCGAAGCAGCGCUGGGAGACGGACAAGAUCUGGACUCCGUAUGUCCGGAGGUACCUGCAGCACGAGUGCCUGGAGACCCUGCGGCGCCUGGUGCAGGGUGGGAGGAUGCUGCUGGAGCAGCAGGUGCCCCCCGAGGUCUUGGUUUCCCGCAGAGACGCCCCCGACGGCUCCGUCACCCUCUCCUGCCGCGCCAGGGGCUUUUACCCACGUCCCAUCCACGUCUCCUGGGUGCGGGACGGAGAAGACAUCCUGGCGGAGACAGACUCCAGCGGGAUCCUGCCCAACGCCGACGGCACCUACUACACGCAGUCGUCCCUGGAGAUCUCCCCGCAGCAGGACGGGCACCGCUACGCCUGCCGGGUGGAGCACAGCAGCCUGCCGGAGCCCCGCUUGGCUGGGGUCUCUGCAGACGCCCUCGGCGAGACGUUCAAGGCAAAGGCCUGUGGCUGCCCCAGGAGGAUGCCCCAGCAGCAGCUCCCGCCCCAUGAAUCCCGGCUACGCUCCAGCAGCCACAAAGAGCGGGGAAGAUUCUGCCUCCAGCUCAUCAUCGGGAACAAACCCCCAGUGCUAGGGGCAGUGACCCUGCCCAGCUCCUGA